AUGAAUUGGGGCAGGGAGGCAGUGGCUGAAUAUGGCUUACAAGACAUAGGAUUCGAUGGAUACCCGUUUACUUGGACCAAUGGGCGCAAGGGGAAGAUCAACAUUCAAUGUAGAUUGGAUAGAGGUUUUGCUAAUGAAGCUUGGAUUUCGAGACUCCGCCCUAUCAAGGUAACACACCUUUUGCAUUGUGGAUCUUAUCACGCGGAGAUUAGAAUUAAGUUAGAGAGUUUUUUAAGUGAAGAAGAAAACAAAUGCAAUCAUAUCUUCAAGUUUGAAGAUAUAUGGGCGAGGGACGAUAGAUGUGAAGGUUUAGUGGAACAGAAUUGGAAGGGGAAUGAUUUUACUGGUUACAAUAAAGUUAUGUCUGUGUCGAGAGUUGUGGAGGAAUUCAAGGAGUAUAGGUGUGGGAACAUUCAAAAAGACCUCAUACGAAUUGAAGAGAUGCUGAAGGAGGAGGCUAACUGGGAUAGUAGUGAGGACAAUAUCUGGAAUUAUAAAGCUAUUGAGAGCCAAAGGCAGAAUCUCUUAAAGGUGGAAGAGAUCAUGUGGAGGAAGCACAGUAGGGCCCUUUGGUUAUAA